UGUCCAAUCAGGGGAAAGCGGGUGCGUUUUGAAAUCAGCGGCAGAUGACUGMAGUUCGUCGCGCAGUAAAUAAACCKAGCUAAUAGCCGAUAACAGGAGUAUCGCUGGUUCAAGAUGUCAAAGAAACUAAUUUACUAUUCUGACAAGUACAACGACGAGGAGUUCGAGUACAGGCAUGUGGUGCUUCCUAAGCAGCUGUCUAAACUGGUGCCCACCACCCAUCUGAUGGCAGAGGAGGAGUGGAGAGGACUGGGGGUCCAGCAGAGCGAGGGCUGGAUUCACUACAUGAUCCACAAACCAGAGCCACACAUACUACUGUUCAGGAGGCCUCUCCCAAAACAAUGAAUGGGAAUCAACUUUAAAAUAUGUAUCCCCUUUGUUUGUUUUUGUUGUCAUUUGACCGUGCAGGUCUUUAACAAUUUGUCUUUUAUUUAUUUAUUUUUUAUAUAUAUGUUGGCAUGUAUUGUUUGAGGAAAAAGCAGUACUUGUUUUAGUGUGGUGCGCUUACAAAAUGUAUUUUUUUGUUUUGCUGAGGUGAAGAGAGGAAGAAGUCUCKGUUUCAGCUGUGAAUAUUUACCUGAUAUAAACUACAAGAGCUUACUGAGCUAGUUGYACACUUUGAACAAUUCUUUCAAAAUAUCUUUCCAUGUUGUAAAUUGCUCUGUGUUGUCAAGAUUUGAUCUGAGCAACAUGUAUCUAGUAAAAACUUGUAUUUUUCUUUAAAUAUUAUUGUUUGAACUUGUGUUUGUGUUAUGUGCUUAUAGAUAUUAGACAUUUUGUCAGUGAGUUAUGGUUAAUUCAACAUGUACUUUCUUACUAAAAGAACAAAAUAAAAUAUUUUUGGUCACA